CGCUGUUGUAGUGGGCGUGUCUCUUGGUGUCACAAAGCUGGAGGGUUAUGGCACUGACCAAUAUUGCUGGCUGUCCAUUGACAAAGGUGUAAUAUUUGCAUUUGUUGGCCCAGCACUUGGUGUGGUUAUGGUCAACUUUGUAUUCUUAAUACUAGUGUUCAGAGGCAUGUUUGGCAGAAAGAGAUCAACACAGAAAAAAACGAACAUUGAAAAAUUCUCGUCAGGUGUAUGGAGCCUGUGUAUUCUACUUCCCAUACUUGGCCUUACUUGGCUCUUUGGUGUCUUCUCUAUAAAUGAGGAAACAAUUAUCUUCCAGUAUCUC